UUCCUAAGUGACAGCAGCGCAUCCUUUGUUGUUGAAGAGCUCUAGCACAAUGAGUGACAAUGCACUUAUCGCUACUGGGGUUGCUGAUACAUGUUGUAAAAAACGUGAAGACUAUUUAGAAUGGUGUGAAUAUUUCAUGGCUGUGGCAUUUUUAGCAGCCCAGAGAAGUAAAGAUCCAAGUUCCCAGGUUGGUGCGUGCAUAGUGAAUUCUGAGAACAAGAUUGUUGGAAUUGGAUAUAACGGAAUGCCUAAUGGUUGCCAUGAUGAUGUCCUCCCUUGGGCCCGGAUUGCAGAGGAUAAGCUAGACACUAAAUAUCCAUAUGUUUGCCAUGCUGAACUGAAUGCGAUUAUGAACAAAAACUCUGCAGAUGUAAAAGGCUGUGUCAUGUAUGUUGCUUUAUUUCCAUGCAAUGAAUGUGCUAAGCUCAUCAUCCAAGCUGGUAUAAAGGAAGUUAUAUUUAUGUCUGACAAGUAUCAUGACUCUCCAGAAAUGAAAGCUUCAAGGCACAUGUUAGAUUUGUCAGGUGUCAAAUACACGAAAUUUGUUCCCAAGCACAGAAAGAUCGUCAUAGACUUCGAUUCAAUCAAUACCAGCAGACAAAGUCCAAAACCACUGUGAGGCAGUGUGUGUGUUAACCAUCUAAUUAUGGAUUUAGACCAACAUAUGUGUCUAAAAUAUUUUAAUGUUUUUAGAUCUCCCAUUUUUGUUUCUUCCUUGAAUAAGUGUCUUUUAUAGAUGACAAUCGUUUUUUUUUUAUGUAGAAUAUGUAACUUUGGAAUAACAUGUUUUUGGGAUCUUUCUAAUUUUUAAGGACUGUCCAGUGUUUUAACAAUGUUCAGAUAUUUUUUUUUUACAUUAAAAGGACAUGAAACUUCUUUUUUUUUUUUUCUUUCAUGAUUCAGAUAAGCUUUUAAACAACUUGCCAAUUUACUUUUUUUUUUUUCUUCAUUCUCUUGGUAUUUAUUGAAAAAGCAGCAAUGCACUACUGAAACCAUUUGUAAGACAAUGAAAAUGUGCAUACAAGUUCAGCCACCAAUCGGCAGCUAGCCCCAAGCUACUGAGUCUUUCUAGAUAUGCUUUUCAACAAAGGAUACCAAGAGAAUCAAGCAAAUUACAUAAUAGAAGUAAGUCAGAAAGUUGUUAAAUUGUAUGCUCUAUCCGAAUCAUGAAAGCAAAUUUUGGGGUUUCAUGUCCCUUUUUAAAGCAGUGUGGGUGUUUUCACAUAACUUUAUCAGGCUAGUGCAUACAGCCUUUAGAAUAUUAUCCGGAUGUGACAUGGUUUGUAUGUCCUACCAUUUUAGUCUGUGCAAUAAUUUAAUGCUGCAUUUUAUCAAGAGAAUGUUUGAUUUAUGUAUAGAAUUUUAUUUUUUUGUUUGAUCUGUAACUAAAACUGUUUAACUAGGCCAUAUGCAUGUACAGUUGUAAAUGAGGUGGAACUAUAUUUUACUGUGCAAUUAAAGAAUAAAGGUUAUUUUAUGUACUCCA